ACGCUGGCUACGUUAAAUACAGGCCGCCCUGCUGAGGAUAAUUGGAAUGUACUUUUAGUUGAAGACUCCUGGGAGGGACAAGUUAGGAAAACAAGAUGUUACAUUUUUAUGGCACCGAUCAACAUCAGACGAUGAGAGGAAAAUAAAAUUGGUUAUCAGCUUACACCAGCCUGGGACCUUGAACUUCAUUAAUGAACUGAUUCUGCCGUCUGACCACCCAGGAAUACAAAUGGCAGCCGUCGCUUCUGAGGUGACUUUGGCGUGAGCGUGAAAGGGCAUCUGAGGGGAGUAAACACCAAUUUGUCAUCUGCUCCAAAGUCCUGCGUGGGAGAACCCCCUGAGGGAGCAGAGAAUCGCCCAUCAGAGCAGCUAAUUGUGGACGGAUGGAGGCCAAAUUGGUCACCAUCGGUGAUUCACCCAGCAUCCCUUCCAAGUCCCCAUCAGGGCAGAAGCUCUCAAGUACCAGCAAGAAUGCUGAGGGGGGGAGUGAUGCCGGAGGGGAAACACCCAGGCCUCCAGUGAGUCCCCAGAGCGGUAAAGAGUCCCAUGGAGAUUUGGCACAGGAGACGGAUAUCCAGGACACCAGCUGGGUUUCCGUGGCGAAAGAAGACCAGGAUGCCAUACCCAUCUCCCCUUCCCCAGCAAUCCCUCUGCAAGAUGAAAGUCCCCCGGGGAUUCUCCCUGGGGAGAGCAGCAUCCCUCAGACUGGGCACCCGGGUCGAGGACUGGAGCCCACGGUGCCCUACCUCUGCCUGGAUAUCUGGCAGGUCGGGAGAGCCGGAAAGAUUGGGUCCCCCCACCCGGAGCUGCCCAGCAGAGAGGCUGAGAGCAGCUUGGAGAAAGCCCGGCCGGGGAAGGAGCUCAGCCAGCACCAAAUGGACGACCCGCUGGCCCUUCGCCAACUUCCUGCCUUGAAGCGGGUGCCGCGGACGGGGCCCCUCGGCCACCCCGUGAGGCUGGCCCCCCUGCCACCCCCCUCGGAGAGGGUCAGCGAGCCCCUCCCCGAGGUGGAGGCCCCGGACACCCCAGGGCCAUGCUCCCGGAGCCCUGUUCGCACUGAGGAUUUCAGCCACCCUCCCCCCAUUGAAGGACCCUCAGUGGCCACUUCCCAGCAAGGCUGUGGCCGCUUUCUGGCCUGGCUCCAAAAGACCUUCUCUGGACCCGCCAGGAGGGAGCCGCAGGAGGGGGAUGACACUGAGAAUGGUGGCCGGGAGGAGAAGGAAGAGGAGAAACAGGGGCCGGAGGAGAAGGAGGGUGAGCCCAGGGCCCGGCACCCCCGCCAAUGGGGGCGGCUCUUCUGCUCAGCCCGUACUCGCAUCAAUAAGGUGCAGCCACAAAAUGGACCCUGACCCGCCCCCACCGUGCUCACUGUCAAUCUCAGGUCACCUCUCGCCACACUGUGAAAUAAAACCUUCAACACUU